GUGGACUUUCUGCUCCUGCUGGACUUUCUGCUUCUAGGAGCAAGUACGAGGAUGCUUCUGAAAGUGCCUCUGGACGAUCUUCUGACAACAAACAAGAGGACAGAUCACUCAAAUCCACUGGCAACAACCUCCAAGAGGACAGAUUCGUCACCUCCACGACUACUACGCAAGUUUUAACUAUUGCUACACCCUUGAAAGAUGCGGAGAAGAUGGCCUAUGCUAUUUUUCGAUGGCGCAUGGUGACAUAUGCGACUGCUUAUGUGCAUCCUGCUUGCGCUAAAUUGGAGACUUGCGUCUUGAGGUCUAUGAAAAUGCUAGAUUGUCCUUGGCUCUUGGAAGCAGCGCAGUUAGAAGGAGUAGGGGAGAUGAAUCACG